CGCUUAAGCCAUUCGCGCUCGCUCCUCUGGCUUUUGUUCAUCGGUUUCCAACCGCACGCCUCAUAUCGGGGGAUCGAAGCCACUGCGACUGAGCAAAACGCGCUCGUUAGAGGCAGCAGCCACUCGUGUGUUCGUGUAAAGACUUCUCUUACCUCUCGCAGGACGUGGAUACUGAACUAGUCUCACCAGUGGAUUUUUGGUGCUCGAUUCCUCAUUAACUUAUUCACAAACUAGACAUGGAGAACGAUAAAUAUCUCCCGCAGCUUAUGGCGGAGCGAGACAGCCUGGACUCAUCGUUCACACACGCCAUGAAACUUCUGUCGGCAGAAAUCGAGAAGGUUGAGAAAGGGGACACCGAAAAAGACCCGGAAAACUACUUGGACCUGUUCACAACAAAAAACAUCAAACUCAAAGAAAGAGUUCUCAUACCAGUCAAACAGUACCCUAAGUUUAACUUUGUUGGGAAGAUCCUCGGACCACAGGGAAACACUAUCAAGAGACUGCAGGAGGAGACGGGUGCAAAGAUCUCGGUUCUUGGCAAAGGAUCAAUGAGGGACAAAACCAAGGAGGAUGGCUUGAGGAAAAGCGGAGAGCCGAAAUAUUCCCAUUUGUCGAUGGAGCUUCAUGUUUUCAUUGAGGUCUUCGCUCCCGUUCCCGAUGCAUAUCUGCGCAUGGCACAUGCCAUGGGAGAGAUCAAGAAGUUCCUGUUCCCUGACUUGAUGGAUGAUAUUUGCCAGGAGCAGUUUAUGGAGAUGAAAUUUCUAAACGGAGGACAAGAACCUGGAGGCAGAGGUAGAGGAGGACCACCGGUCAGAGGCCGUGGAGCCCCUCCACCUUCCGGAGCACCCAGGGGUCGUGGUAUGCCCCCACGCGGAGCCGCUCGCGGUGGACCCCCUCGAGGCGCAGCUGUAAGGGGAGCUCCGGCAGGAAGAGGCGGACCUCCGACCCAACCGGCCAGAGGGGCUGCUGCUACCCGUGCCCGUCCACCUGCCCCUGCGGCACAGAGGAUGGCCCCACCACCAGCCUCGCAUCCUCCGGCCCAAGAGACAUACGAAGAAUAUUCUUACGAUGAGAACUACACAGAGGCGCCCUAUGAAUCCUAUGACAGCUAUUACACUCAGCCGCAGGCAGAACCAGAAUACUAUGAUUAUGGGCACGGAGAAACGCAGGAGGGGUAUGAAAGCUACGCUCAGGAUGACUGGAACGGGACACAGCGCACCGCAGCCGCCCCCGCCGCCGGCGGUGGAAAAGCUCCACCUCAGAGACAGACCAAGCCCGGAUACAGGGAGCAUCCCUAUGGACGAUACUAAGUCUGACUUGCCGAACGUCACCCGACACGUCGCCAUGACAACUGUCUCCCAUGGCAGCUCACGCUUUAAGCUACCCGACAAAAGUAAUUGUCAGUUUGUUUUUAGGUUUUUGUUUUUCGGACUUUUUCAAAGACAACUCAACAAAUCGGCAUUUGCCUCAAGAACCGACAGAACGAUUAGAAGGGAUAGAUUUUAAACAUGGCUGUUUUGUUUCUUUUUGCCGAUAUCUUUUCCUCUGCUCAUACACCUGCCCUUGCUUUUUUGCAUUUGUCGUUGGUAAAAGUUUAUGUUCCAAUGGAUAUGGAAAAAAGUAUUUAGUUUAAAGGUAAAGCCUAACAACUGUACAGUCAUUUUCUAUGUGUCCCAGGACACCACUUAAGUUCUUCAACUUGUGUUACGUAAAAAAACAGGUGCAGUUGCAGAUUCCCAUGUAGGCUACAUUUCAAAAUUCUGUUUUAAUAGUAGCGUAUCAAAAAGACCCUUAAACGUAAUGUCUGUUUUGUAAUAAGGACUAUAAAUUUUAUUUAAAGGAAAAAUGUCUUUAAUCCUGCUUUCGACACCUGUUGAUUAUUCCUCAUUUGAUUUAAAUAGUCUUAAAAGCUGUAAAUUAAGAUUUAGCUUUCAAUAUUUUUCCUUGUACCUUUUUUAGAGUUUUGAAAUAUAGCCCAGUUAGACGCUGUCGAGAUGGACUGUCCUCAAAUCCUUAAUUUGUUAAAAUAACAUCAUGUUACUCUUCGAAACUGUUAUGUAGAAUAACACAUGUUUGGCUACUUAUCUGUUUAAAAGGCAAACAAAUAUUUCAAAUGCGUCAGAUUACAAUGGAUGUCACCAUGCUACAGUAUAUAAACUGCAUGCACAAACUGCUUAAAAAAAAAGAAGAAAAGGAUUUGGGCAACAAUCUCCACAAGGGUCAUCUCUUUCUUAUGUAAAGGGAUACUGCAGCUAAAACCAAGUCACAUUGUACAUAGUUAAAAAAUAAAGAAAAAAAACCAACCCACAUCCAAAUUGUACUUUACUGCCAUUUAGUAUUUGUAUCCUCUCCAUAAAAUGCAGAAUGACAUGUGUAAGCUUGCCUAAAUAGGUAACUAAAUCUGUCCAAAACAUGUUUUGCAGAAGUUGUCAAUAAAGCCUAGUUUGUUUUUUAUGAAACUUUAACCUGGUUUAUUUUUCUUUGUCAUCAUAAAAGCUGAAAUGGCCUUUUAAAUAACUCAUAACCUCCGGUUACGGCUUUUCUUCCUCUUCAAAAACAGAUUUUAAAUUUAAACUACAAUGCAUGUAGUCUGAAGACGUAAACGGCACUAAAGGAGUCUGUUUAAAGUGUUUGAUUUGACAAUUAAAAGCACACCUUUAAUGUUUCUCUCUCUUUUUAUACUUAAAAAGGACCCUAGAGGUAAGACCUGUGCUCUUUAAAAUAACCUGGAUAGCUUCCUAAUGUCUAUAGAGAGAGCUAAAGCAUUCGAUGCUGGGUAUGUAUUAAACUUUUCUUGAAUGACAUUUUAUUUUUGGUCUUACUCAGAAUGGGACAUGUAUUGACUAGACUGAAAUAACUUGAAUAUAAAAGUGGGACCGUAUAUAUUUGUCAAGUCUGAUGCAAAGGCUGCUUAUAGUAAAGAGGGCAGGAGAGGACUGUUAAACUGUUAAGUGCAGCAUUGUAAAGGUAAACCUAACCCUAAAUUUGUAAGUUGCUAGUAUGUACUAUUAUUCACUUAAAACUUUAAAAGAUUCAGUCGUUCAAAAAUUAAAAGUAAAAAACACAAUUCUACCAACACGCAGUAAUAGUUUGCUUUAAAAUAUUUGUCUGCUAACCUUCUAGACCAGACUUGUAAUGCAACUCAUGCUAAAAGGGUUCAGUAUCAAAUCAUCUGUAUUUGUAAUGCUGCUCCUGUUUUUUCUUUUGCAAAAGCAGUGUGAUUGUGUAACGUACUCGGAAAAACACAAAUGUCCUGACGAGGGAAAAAAUUACAAGGGAAAGCUUGAGUUGCAUGACUCAAACUUUGCAGAUUGCAUGUGCUUUUGUUUAAUACUAUAUACUUCAUCCAAGCCAUGUUUGACUGUUUGCUCAUAACUUUCUCUGUUCCCUCAGGAUCCGGCGCCCAGCCCUUCCUGGAAAUGAAAUUGGUUUUAACAAGGACGUGAGACCUCUGGCCAGG